AUCAUCCUUUGCGGAGAAAAUUGCGUCAUUCACGUGCGCUUGUUUUGGUCCGUCAAUGUGCGAACCAAACGUGGCUUAACAGAAAUUGGCAAUAUCCACAGAUAAACUUGUAAUUCUUCACAUUUCAUCGAUUCAAUUAAGUCCGUUAACAUAUCGUGUUGAUAAGUCAUCUGACAGUUACAGCGCGGGUCAAGCAUGUUCGCUGAGGAGGAUGAGUGGAACGAUGACCCAGAAGCCAAAGCUCUGACCAAGACGGUCAUCAGCAGUUUCAAACUGUCUGACAGCACCAAUAUCACGACAAAAUUUGUUGGGAAGAAGAAGAGUUUGUUACGGACCCUCCAAACACUGGGGUCCGUACCAAACUGGAGCAAGAGCAAUGGUGCCCCUUGGGAAGCAGGCAGUGACAGCGAAACAGAGGCCAUACUGACACCACACACCAAGAGGAAGAAGAAAAGAAGCAAAAGAGGAUGCAAGAAAGUAGCUGUUUCAGGAGAAGAGACCGAUAAGGACAGUGGAGAUUUGUGUGCCGAGGAGACUGCAGUGCCUGUAGCUAAGAAGCCAAUAAAAGCAAAGAAACCAAUAAAAGCAGGGUUCAAAAAGGUCAAGAAUAGAGAGUCCAUUAUGGGUGGUAGUAAACAAGGAAAAUCAGCAACAGAUGCUGAGAUUGAGAGAUUAAACAGAAAGCAAUGGAAAAACAAGACGAAGAACAAGAAGAAAUGUAAAAACAAAUACAAAAUCAAAAAUGGAGAGAAUACCACCCCCCCAAAAAACACACAAGCAGAGACCACUGUGCAAAAGGAUACAGAAGAUGGACCAAAAACAGUUUCUGGUGUGAACAGGGAAACCGUGGUCGUCCAGACACACCGCCACACAAAGGGGGAAAAACAGCAGAAAGAGGGUGAGCGUAAAACACAGAAAAGGAAAAAGGUCUCAGGGGGAAAAGAGACGACUUUCAAUGAGACUGUUUCCACUCCAGACACAGAAACAGUUCAAAACAAUAAGAACUUGUCAGAGAAAAAGACAAAGGGGAGCAUUCAUGAAAAAGCAGUUCCACUCGGUAAAGAGUUAAUGACAGAAGAGGAGAAACCUCGGGAGCUGGUUAGGGAGGAGCAGCACGCGGAGCCACCCGGCAGUAAGAGGAGGAAACAGGACGGGGGCAAAGGGCAAGACUGGCGGAGAGAAAAGCUCAGGAGAAUGCUCCAUGGCCAGAGCCCGGAAAAGAAAGAGAAACCUGCUGAGCAGGAGGAGGAGACACGCACCACAGAGGAGGUGAAAGAGGCUUCUGCAGACCGCUCGACUGCUCUGAGGUCCCGCAUGGAGCAGCGUUUGGAGUCAGCGCGGUUCCGCUAUAUUAACGAGGUUCUGUACACCACGUCUAGUGGGGAGGCAAAACGCAUGUUCAGACAAGACCCCCAGGCUUUUAGCAUCUACCACGGGGGCUUUACGGCACAGGUCCAGCGCUGGCCAGCUAAUCCUGUCGACGCCAUCAUCUCCUACAUACGCCGCACGCCUGCCUCUCUGGUAGUGGCAGAUUUUGGCUGUGGUGACUGCAAAAUUGCUCUUAGCUUGAAGAACAAAGUGCACAGUUUUGACUUGGCACCUAUCUGUGACCGUGUAACUGUCUGCGACAUGGCCAAUGUACCGCUCAAGGAUGGUACUGUGGACAUAGCUGUAUUCUGUCUCUCUCUUAUGGGGACUAACCUUGUGGAUUUUCUAGUUGAGGCUAACCGUGUGCUGGUGAUGGGGGGUAUCCUGAAAAUUGCAGAGGUGGCAAGUAGAUUUGAGAAUGUGAGGAACUUCAUGGGUGCUUUGUCCAGCCUGGGAUUCAAGUUGGUCACAAAGGACACAGAGAAUAGCCACUUUUACUCCUUUGAGUUUGAAAAGAUUGCAGAAGCUCCAGAGAGGGUAAAGAAGGCAGCAGGACUGGAGCUGAGGCCUUGUUUGUACAAGAAACGAUGAGGGCAACAGUGAUGAGAACAUGGGAGAAACAGUUCCAAACAUAUGUUCCAAAUGGCACUCUAUUCCCUUUAUACUGCACUACUUUUGAACAGGGCCCAUGGGGCUCUGAUCAAAGGUAGUGCACUCUAUAGGGAAUAGAGUGCCAUUUGGGAUACACCCCCAGGAGAGAAGUCAAGCAGGAAGGGCAGUAACAGAAAACGUAUCUUCUACUGGAUGUAACUGUAAAUAUGAAAAAUGACUUUCAUAGAUGAGCUGGUGUUUUUGACCCCUAAACAAUGUAUCAAGGAUUGUUGAUAUUGUCAACCGUUUGUGGGCUUUCAAAUGUUGUUUCAAAGAGAAAACAUGUUCAAAAGUUGUUUACACAACAUUGGUAUAUUUUUAUUAAAUCAAAAAAGAAUUGUAUUGCA